AUGAUGCAGGAAAAGUUGCACAAUGCAAGUUGUGGAAUGCAAACUCUCGAAUCCAACAAGCCCCAUAUAGUUUUCUGCCAUGUUGCUGUUGAAGAUAAUGUUCUUCUAGCACUUGGUAAAGAUGGAAAAAUGUAUUCUGGCAGCAUUCCUAUCUCACUUGGGUUAAAAGUUACUGAAGUUGCAGUGGGAAAAGAACAUAGUAUGGCACUGACAACAAAUGGAGAUGUCCUCACUUGGGGUGGUGGAAUGUGCGUAUAGUAGUGAAGUAAUAUUCACUUUGCACAUUGUUAGAAAGGUGUGACCCUUAAUGACUAUUUUAAUGUACCGGUAUGAUGU